AUGGAGUUGCUCCAUGGGUCUUUUGAAGCCCUCUUGUCUACACAGAGGAUUAUUCAGCCACAAGAAGAAAUGAAGUGUACGCUGCUGAGCAUCCUCCACUCAGUAACUAUCUGGACCAGGAAGUUUAUGACCAACCGACUACUUCAGGGAAAACAAAUGGUCAUUGAUGUCCUUCACCCUGGGACAGAGACAGUGCCUAAGACAGAAAAUCGUGAAAAACUAGCCAAAAUGUGUAAGACCACAGCAGAUGUCAUUUUUGGUUUGGGAAUUAGAACCCAUUUUGGUGGUGACAAUACUACUGGCUUCGGGAUGGUUUACGGUUCUUUGGAUGAUGCAAAGAAAACUGAACCUAAACACAGACUUGCAAGACAUGGCCUGUAGGACGCACAGACCUCAAGAAAAAAGGACAAGGAACGCAAGAACAGAAUGAAGGGCAGUGUUGGUGCUGGCAGAGAGAAAGAACAAAGAUUCUACAGCGACUUGAUCUGCAAUGGUAAUGUGCAUUUUUCACCAGAGAAUUAA